AUGUCUUGGCAGCAAUACGUUGACACAAAUUUGAUAGGUUCGAAAAAUUUAGCAAGAGCCGCUAUUAUUGGACACGACGGAAAUAAUUGGGCAUCUUCUACUCCUAAACUAGUUUCACAAACCGAUGGAAAAGCAUUAUCCGAUCUUUUCAAGAAACCAAACGAAGCAUUGGAGAAAGGUAUCAUGCUAGAUGGUAUUAAAUAUAUGGGCAUUAAAGCAAAUGAAAGAAGUAUCUACGGUAAGAAAGGCUCAACAGGUUUAGUGUGUGUUAAAACUCUGAAAUCAAUUCUAGUCGGAUAUUACAACGAAACUCAACAACCAGGAAAUGCAACAAACACAAUCGAGAAAUUAGCUGAUUAUUUAAUUGAAAAUGGAUUCUAA